CGUGCUAGUGUAGCAGGUGCAAUGGCUAUUGGCAUAGGCCAUUCUCAGCUUGAGGAGUUUUUUUUCUGCAAUUGAAGUUCCAUCAAUCUCAUAUACGACAUACUCCAAGCACCAUGACCAAGUCUCUAAAGGAUGGGAAGCAGCGGCUCUGAAGGAAAUGGAAGAAGCAGCAAAAGAAGAGAUAAGGAUAGCUGUAGAGGAGGGCAGUGUUACACCGGAUGGCACCCCGAUCCUGACUGUGAUAGCAGAUGGUGGCUGGGCAAAGAGAUCCUAUCGUAGUAACUACAAUUCCUUGUCAGGAGUGGCUGCUAUCGUAGGAUCGCACACCAAGAAGGUGAUCUUCAUGGGAGUACGCAAUAAGUACUGCACCAUCUGUGCUCGAGCAGAUUCCAGUCAUUACCUGCUUCCCAGCAUUCCUGCUUCAAGAACUGGGCAGGCAGUUCAUCCAGCAUGGAAGCUGACAUUAUUUUGGAGGGGUUCUGCAAGAGUAAGGAGAUGUAUGGCUGUAUUUAUGGCAUCAUUGUUGCGGAUGGUGACUCAAAUGUGUAUAAUAAACUUCUAG